CGAGAAGUGGAGAGAAGCAAUGCAAAAAGAGAUUACUGCCCUUGAACAGAAUGGGACUUGGACAAUUGAGACUCUACCACCAGGCAAACGAGCAAUAGAUUCCAAGUGGGUCUAUAAAAUAAAAUACAAAGCAGAUGGUACCAUAGAAAGAUACAAAUCAAGGUUGGUUGCAAAGGGGUUCACACAGAUUGAAGGGCUUGAUUACCAUGAAACCUUUGCACCGAUCACAAAACUAGUUACAGUUCGUGUUCUACUUGUAAUUGCAUCCAUGAAUCGAUGGGAGCUCCACCAACUUGAUGUAAACAAUGCUUUCUUACAAGGAGACUUAAAUGAAGAAGUUUACAUGAAAAUUCCGCAAGGUUUCAACUGCAAGGACAGAGGUAAAGUGUGUAGACUCCGCAAGUUGCUCUAUGGACUCAAGCAAGCUUCACACAACUGGUUUGCAAAAUUUACAAAAUCCUUAAAAGAUGCAGGAUUCGUCCAAUCAUAUGCAGAUUACUCUUUGUUCACUUUUACCAAUAAUCAAAAGUUCAUUACAGUCCUUAUCUAUGUAGAUGACAGCAUCAUAACAAGGAAUGAUCCGGGUGGCAUCUCAACCUUGAAGGUUUAUCUACACACAAAAUUUUCAAUCAAAGACCUUGGGCCAUUGAAGUACUUUCUCGGCAUUGAGGUGACUCAAACUCCAAAUGGGAUUGUCCUUAGCCAAAGAAAGUAUGCCCUAGACAUACUCACGAAAGCAGAUUGGGCAGGUUGUCCCAUGACAAGGCAUUCUACAACUGGAUAUUUUAUAUGUCUUGGCAAUUCUCCAAUUUCUUGGAAGUCUAAGAAACAAGUGACUGUCUCGAGAUCUUCGGCGGAAGCAGAGUAUAGGGCUAUGGCCACAACUGUUAGUGAGCUCAUUUGGUUGAAGUCUUUACUUCGUGAUCUUCAAGUCCCUCAUCCACAACCAAUGACAGUACACUGUGACAAUCAAGCAGCACUACACAUUGCCUCCAAUCCAGUGUUCCAUGAAAGAACAAAACAUAUAGAAAUUGACUGCCAUUUCGUACGAGAAAGAAUACAAAGCAAGGAAUUAGUUGCAACACAUGUGCCAUCCCAUUAGCAACUAGCAGAUAUUUUCACUAAGGCCUUGGGCCGAGAGAAACUUUUAGCCAUCUUAUCCAAGUUGGGCACUUGUAACCUUCAUGCUCCAACUUGAGGGGGAGUAUAGAGAUGAUUGAGGCAUAAGUGGUGAAGAGUUGAUCAAGGUGGAAAUGCUGCAGAGAAGAUCAAGGAACAAUUUGAAAAUAAAAUUGUCAUAUCUUU